AUGGGGAGCGGAGGCGGGAGCAUGAGCCAGAGCGGCGGGACGGGCGGUGGCGUGAUCGUGAUUUACUCGGGCGUGACGCGGAUUCUGUACGAAGGAGUGGUGUCGGCGGAUGGCAGCACGGCGUCCGCGGAGACCAGUGGCGGCGGCUCGGGGGGCAGCGUGUUCUUCAUCAGCGACGAGAUGGAUUUCCACGGGGAAGUCCACGCGGACGGCGGGCAGGUGGGCGACGGGCGGGAGAUUGAGGGGCAGGGCGGCGAAAUGGGCGGCGGCGGAGGCGGCGGCGGGCGGAUCAUGUUCCAAUUCAACGCGUCGACGCACACGACCUCGCAGGAGCGCUUCGACGGGCGCUACCACGCGCUGGGAGGGAAGCAAGGCGGGCAGAUGGACGGCGCGCACAACCGAACGCACGACGGCGCGGACGGAACCGUCUGGACGUCGCUGGCGCCGUGCAGGCCGGGCUGGGGCUCGGUGUUCUGCACGGAGUGUCCGCAGGGCAGCUACAAGAACACGACGGACGUGUCGCUGUGCGUGCCGUGCGAGAACGCGCCGGAGCACGCGAACUACACGCAGCGCGGGACUGCCUGA